AUGGCCCCGGCCCGAAUCAUCGCGGACUCGGAUGAUUCCGACGAUGAUUUUGAAUCACCAAACAGUCCCUCGAAACCUACUACGACUUCCGUUAUACCGAGCCAAGGCCGCUCCUCCGACCCCGCGAGCGUCGCGACUAAUUCUACCGACCCCAAGUUCUUCCAGGCCAUCUAUACCGAGCAACAACGUGCGUCAGUAGUCAACGAUACUUUGCGAAAGCCGGACGAACCUUCUGUAUCCGACGGUGCAGCGCCCAGCUCUAUACCAGCUAUGCCAGCACAGGACAAGCCGCACUUGGAGAGGAACGACACCGGUUCCUCCUCGCUCACCUCCGCCAGCGAUCUUAUUGCGGGUUUGGACAGCCCCGAGGAAAGGGAACCAGAGGUGGUGGACCUUACGGAAGUCACAGCGUCGCCCAAGAUGACUGUUGCCCAUGCGACUCCCGACGAUAUGUGGGAUGUUCCCAGCAGCCCCGUCGGGGGUGGUCGAGCGCCUCACGCCAGUCUCGCAAAGAGCAGAACCUCAACCAGGGGGACGAAAAGAAAGCGAGUGAACAAUGUGGAAUUCACGUCUCCAGUGGCUAUCGAAAUGCCUUCGCAGGGCUCUACGCAGCCGUUCGACACUACUCCGGCCGCCGCGAGGAUGGAGAACGGGAAGAGGGCGAGACUCAGGAACCCGGAUUCGUCUCUACCGGCCGAGGAAGACGACGUCGACAUGGUGGUGGUCCCACAGGCAGCCGCGGUACCGUCGUUUGGCGACCUGGUCUCUGGCCAAAAGCCUGUUUCAAUGUACAUCGAGUCCCAGACACUGAGUGCAAGUCAAAAGUUGGAAUAUGAAUACCAUUCAGUUGGCCCGUCUCCGGAAGAUCCAGCACCUACACCUACUCAGCCAUUUUCGACCCUGCAAGCUGCGGCUAGGUCAAGCGGGGCCACGACUAUCGCAUACUCCACGCCGAGCCAGACGAGAGUGAUUGGCUUGCCUUCAGCACCUGCCGAAGACCAUGUCACACUAGACACAGUUCACGAGCAGACUCAGGAAGGUUUCGGGGUGUCAGUCGAUCCAGAGGCAACAAUAGAGAUACAAUCUUCCCCGGAUAUCAUAUCUGCAGCAUCGGUCCGUCGGAAAAGAAGGAACUUGAGGGACGAACCACCACAAGCGACAGAGUCUCGCCGGGAAGACGAAGGCUGGGAUUCCGACGACAUUGGUUUUCAUCGAGAAUCGUACAAGCCUCGUCUCAGUCGACGUAGAGGUAGUGACGCUAGCCGACAGGACGAGGCUGAGAUGCCAGGGAAGACUGAGAUUCCCGUGGCCGAUAUGGGCCCAGCCGCGCAAUUAACCCUCGAGGAGCCUGUCUCCCUGCAAGAGCCCGUUCCAACGAGCACAGCAAAACCAAAAAAGAGAGGACGGCCGAGAAAAUCAGAUAUCGCUGUAGUGGAGAGCCCGGCUCCCACCGAGACCUCAACUACGCCACGGACUACCGACGCAAGCGAAGCCGUGAAGGAUGCUGCCGCAGGAACAGAGGCCGCAACGGCAGCCACACCGACGACCACCAAGAAGAAGCGCGGGCGGCCAAAGAAGGUAGACAACAACGCAUCAGAAAGCGUGCAGCAAGCGACUGGAAAGCCACAUGCACCUGAAGUGGAGUAUGCGGGUGAUGCCCCAUCGGGCAAGGCGGCAAAGCAUUCCAAGGGCCGCGGCGAGCACGUCGAUACACAGCAGCAAGGUUGCACAGCAGAUGCGGGCAGCGGCCCCCGAGAAAAGGGCGGCAGCGAUCGGGUGCUGCAGCCAGUGACGCCUAAUGCGGCGCUCAGCAAGUCUAGUUCCGACGGACUGGGACCGCAAAAGAGCGCGGCAGCAGAGGGGAAAGUAGCGGCAACGAAAGAGGCUCCUGCGCAGGCGGAUGGCGACAAGCCUGGGACGGCGGGGAAAGCCGAGGGAAAGCAGAGGUUUUUGACGCCUGCGUCUUCGUCGGCGACGAAGCCUAUUUAUCGUGUGGGAUUGAGCAAGAGGUCGAGGAUUGCGCCGUUGCUCAAGUCGCUCAAAAAGUGA